UUCUGUUUUAUUUAUUUAUGUAAAUGUUUUAAAUUUUCAUUAUAUAUGGAUAUUACAGGUUUAAGUAAUGAAAAAAGUAUUAGAAAAAAAACAUAAUAAUUUAAUAUAGAUUUAAAGUAUUUAUCUAUUAAUUAUAAUUUAGAAAAUGAAAAUAAAAUUAAAUUUGAUGAAAUUUCUAAAAAUUUCAAUCAUUCAAAUGAAUAUAGAUUUAAUGGAAAAAGUAAUAAUUUAAUAACCAAAGAUGAAGUAUUGUUAAAUUCAGUUAAAAAUAUAAAAAAUUCUAUUACUGAGAAAAAUCCAUCGUAUUAAAUGAAUAGAAAUGUAUAUAAUUCACAUCAAUUCAAAGUAUAUGAUAUUCGAAAAGAAAAAAAAAAAAUAUUAAGCCGUAAAAUGAGUUCAUUUAUUCAAAAUGAAGACUUAAGUUAUCAUGUAAAAUUUACUGGAAAAAGUAAUAAAUACCAGCAAAUAGUGCAGAAAAUUAAUAAUAACUUAAAGAUUUAUAAUAAGUAGAAUGAAUCUACCUUUAACUACAAACCAAAACCUAUUAAAAAUUCUUAUUUAGAUGUUAUGCUUAGAAUGUUAAAACAUAAUAUAAAGAAUGAUUUAAAUCCUUUUAAAAGGAGUAUAUAUGCAAUAAAUAAUCAAAAAAUUGUUUUAGAUAAAACUAAGUUAAAUUCAAAUUCGUCUAAAUAUAUGAAAUAUUACAAUAAUGCAUACGCAAGAGAGGUGGAUAAAAAUGUAAAUAAUUCAAAAAAUUUAGCUCACAAAUACCAAGAAGAAAGUAAAGUUUCGUUUGAUCGAAUUAUAUAUAAGACAAAAGGAAAUUCAUUUGAAGUAUAUCCAACAAACUGUUUGGAAUAUAUUGAAAACCAAAAUAUAGGUGUCCUAAAUUAUAAUAUUGUAGAUUCUUUUUCAAAUCCUGUUAAUGAUUAUUUAGAAUAUGAAGAUUCAUUUAUUAUAGAAGAAUAUGGAAUUGAAGAAGUUCCCAUUCUAAUGUCCUUAUUUGAUAUAUAGAAAAUUGGAAAUCAUAGAGACAAAUUUUCUAGAAAUAAAAAUUUUUUCUCUGGUCAGAAUGAAUUUAUAUCAAAAAAUAAUUUAAGCGUGGAGAAUAGUCAAAGAACACAAAAUAUUGAUAGUAAAUAUCUAAAAAACAACGUAACGUCUAUUACUAUAACAAGAUGUGAAGCUAUUGUUGCUUCAAAUGAAAUGAAAGAAGAAAAAUCAAAAAUUGAAGAAAAAAUAAAAGAAUAUAAAGAUAAUGUCAAAGAUAUUAAAGAAAAGUAUUUGUCAAAACCGAACUAUUCUAACUAUCUGUUCAUUCAAUCAUAAAGACAUAGAAUUCUGUUAGAUUUACAAUCAAUAAUAAAUGGAAUAAAAUUUAUAAUUUCGGAAAAUUCAACAAUCCUAGAGGAUUUAUCAAGUAAUUACAACAGUUCAAUAUUUUCUACUAAUAAAAAUCAGCUAAAUCAAAAAUUAGCCCAAAUGGAUUCACAUUAUAAUAACAUUCUGGAUGAAUUUAAAUCUAUGCAAACAAAAAAUGAAAGUAUUAAACCAAAAGAAAAGUUAUUAGAAACAACAAAAAAUGAAUCAGAAUUCACUAGUGAACAAAACUUAAAAAAAUCUAAAGAUUUUUUUCAAAAAAUCAAAGACGCUGAAAAUGAAAUAAAAUUGAUAAAAAAUAUUUUUGAUCAGUUAAAGCCUAAUUAUUUUGAAAUAAAUAGAUUGAAGAAUAAAUUUUAUAAAUUUAAAGCAAUUGUUACACAAAAAUAUAAUGAACUAAAAGAAUUAAAGCAAUAAGAAGAAUCUAAAAAAAUAGUUAUAGAAAAUAUAAAAAAAAAAAAUAAAGAAAUAAAUUCAAAAAUAAAUGAUUUAAAUAAAAUUAAUGCUUCCAAUGUAAAUGAAGAUAUUACAAUAAUUGAGAAUUUAAUUAAUGAAGCGUCAUGUGAUAUGAGUAAUUAUACAAGUAAAAAAAAUGAAAUAAAAAAAAAAAUUAAAGCUCUAUUAAGUCCCUUAAAUGACACUAAAAAUUCCAAUUCAUUCAAAAAAAUAUGACAUUUUAUAAAAGUAAAAAUUAAUCUAAAUUACACAUCAUAUAUGUUAAGUGAACUUAAUACUAUACUAGGAGAGGUCAAAAAAAAAUCUAACAAAGUAGAUAGUAUUAUCAAGGAUGCAAGAAAAUAAAAUGAAGAUAUAGAGAUUACAAUAAAAGAUAAUGCGCAGCUUAAAAACGACGUUGAAUUAAAAUUAAUUGAUAAUCUAUUAAAUAAAAUUAAAAUUUUAUUCGAACAAUAUGGUAACUUGUCAAAUAAAUUUAUCUCCAAAAUAGAUAAAUAUGAAGAGAAAAAAGAAAGAUUUGAAAUUUGAAAAGGUAAUAUGAUUAAUAGUAAAAAUGAAUUUCUGAAUAAACAUAUGGAGGAAGAUUAUGUUAAACUAGCAAUAGUAAAUACUUUUAACGAAUCAGUAGAUCUUCAAAGACAAUUUGAUAAUGACAAAAGAGGAAUAAACGAACAAUUAAAUAAGGAAAAUAGUACUAUAAAUACUCUUCAAAAUCAUUUAAAACAGUACAAUAUUGUAUCAUCAUUUUUUUAAAAGUUUAAUGAAAAUAAAAUAGUUAAAGACUUUAUAGAAUUAUAACUUAUUGAUCAAACAAAUAAAAGUGGCACGUUAACGGAAUAUCAAAAAAGAUUUAAAACAGCAACAGUUUCAAUAAAUAAAAGUGUUAAAGUUAUUAAGAUUUCAAAUAAAAAUAUAGAAACAUUUCAAAUAUUAAACUUUGUUAUAAAUGGAUCUAAUAUUAAUAACAUGAUUGAUGAUUUAAGAACACAAAUGAAUAAAUUGAAAGAAAAAAUAAAAGCAUACAUUAGCGAAAUUAGCGAAGAUAAUUCAUUCGAACAAAAUAUAAGAGAAGAUUCUUCAGGUAAAUUAUACGAGCAACAAAAUAAAAUAGAAAUUAUAAGUCAAGUUAAUGCGAUAAAUAAAAAAUCAGGGGAUCUAUUAAACUCUUUGGAAGGUAAAUCGUAUGUUCACAUUGUUCAAACAACAGAUAAAGAAUAAUCCCACUGGUUAAUAAAAGGCUUUAUUAACCUUUUUGGUAAUAAAAAGAACUAUCUUUAUGAAGAAUACGUAGUUAUCCAUGCACACGCAAAUAAAAAAAAAAAAAAAAAAAAAAAAUGAUUAAUUUUUUUUUGUUUUUCCUUUUUAUAAAUUUAAAGACGUAAAAAAAAAAACAUAUAUUUUUUUUAAAAAGAUGUAAAAAUAAAAAAAUAAAUUUUUAUUUUUUUUUUAAGAAAAAAAAAAAAAUGCCGGAAAAACUGGUUAAAAAAUAAAUUCGAAAAAAAUUUGUUACCAAUAAGAGAAGAUAUUUACAUACAAAAGAAUUUAAUUUACAUAGUAUUUAUAUUUUUAAUUUGUAAGAGAAAAUUUUAUACAUAUAAUAAUAAAAUUUUCACGUAAUUAAUAUUCAUAUAAUUAAUUUGUAUUUUUACUAAUUGUUUAUGUUUAUUAGUUCAACAGAAAUAUAUUAAAUUGCUGGACAUAAAUCAUAACAAGGAAAUAAGUAAUGUACAUUUAAUUAAUAAUCAAUAUUCAAUAAGGAUUUAAAUUUUUAAUAAAAAUAAAGAUUUUUAUUAAAGUAAAUAAAUGCCUAUUGUAAUUAAAGAAUGCUGAAUUAAUUAGAUCAUAUAAUUAAAGAUCACUCGUUCAAAACUUUUAAAAAUAUAUAAAAAUAAAUCAAAAAUCGUAGAGCCAACUCUACAUGCUCUUUAUUAAUUUACUUGUUCAGUGCUCUUGCAAAGUCACCGAACACACAAUUAAUAAAUCACCCACUUAGAAAGAGUAUCAAAUAAAAAAAUUGAAUUAAUAUCUAUCACAGAAAAAAUAAAUAAUUUUAAAUAAAAAUAUGCAAAGUUAGAUGGAGAUACUGAUAAUAUAAUUAGAACCCAUUAUUUUAGUACUGCAAAAUCAUUUUAUGUUUGCAUAAAAAAACUAAAUCAGCAAAUUAUAGAUGAAGAAAGCAAAAGUUUGGAAUUUUUAGAAGAAACAAAACAAAAAUUAGGAAACUUUAAUUUUGAAAAGGAUAAAGAUAAAAUUAAAAAUAAAAUUUAUAAGGAUAAAACAAAUGAAAUAGUAGAAAUAAUUAAAAACAGUAGGAAUAAAAUAAACUUACAUGACCAAAACUUUAUAGAUAUUAAAAUUAAAUCUAAAAAGCAAAUGAAUGAAACAAAUCAAGAGAAAGAAAAUGAAAAUUUAGAUAAACAAAAAAUCAAUAUGAAAAAUAUCCAUGAAGAAAUAAAAAAGAUACUAAGAGAAUUAAAUUCUACUAAAAGAGAGAUUCAUAUUUCAAUCAAUGAAACAAACACAUUGAUAUUAGAGUAUAAUAAAGAGUUAAUUUAUAAUUAAGUUCAACAAAUUAUUGAUGAAAAGGAAGCUUAAAAAGAAAUUGAAACUAUUGAAAAGUUUAAAAGAAAAAUAGAACAAUUAAAAACGAAUUUAGAAAUUACAGAAACCGAAUUAGAAAAUUUCAAUUGUGAAGAUCAUGCUAACAAUAUAAAAACAAAUAAUGACAAAAUAAUAGAAUUAUCACAGCAAGUUAAUAUAUUAAAAGAGGAGGAAUUUACUUCUGAAGAAGAAAAUGCAAUUGAAAGAAUAAAAACAAGUGUUGAAAAAUACAUAAAAGAUAUUCUAAAACAUAGAAAUAUCAUAAAAGAUGAAUUAAGUGAAAUUAUAAAAAUAGAAAACCUAUUGGAAUCUGGAAAAUUUAAAAGUAUUUUAAGCGAUGUUAGAGAUGAAAUAAAAAAUUUAAAAACAGAAAAUACAAAAACAAAAAAUUAUUUAGAAAAAUCAAAUAGUGCAAAGAGUAAAAUACUAAGGAAUCUUCAAAAUGCACAAAAAUUAAAAGAUUCAAUCAAUAUAAGUUUAGAUGAAAAUACUAUUGAUAAUCAAAUAGGAGAAAUUAAAAACUAAAAAAGAAGUGUUUUAGAUACUAUAAGAAGUAUAGAUGAAAUUUUAACAGAAUUUGUAAAGUUCACGGGAAUCUCUUUAGUUCAUCACAACAAAAUAGUAAGAGGAAAUUAUAAAAUAAAUUAUUUAAAAAAUCACAAACAAGAUUUAAACAAUGAAAUUACAGAAGGUAUAGUAGAUGAAAAACAAAAUUAUGUAAAAGAAUCUAAAGCCUAUUUAAAUGAAGCAACUAGAAGUGAACAAGGAGUUUAAGAAAACUAUCAAUUAAUCUCAGAAUAUGAAACAUAUAUGAACACUCUUUUAAAGAGUCAAUGAUUUUUGCAAAAAGAUUAUUCUAAUAUUAAAAAAUUAAUAGAAAAAUCAAAACAAAGAUUAUAUAUGUUAAAAGAACAAUUUAACAAAGUAAAAGCAAAGGAUAAUGAUAGCAAUGAUAAAGCUUAUAAAGCAUUUGUUGAAAUAGAAAAUUUUAAAGCUUAUAUGGGUACUAAUAUAUCUGAGAUAGAAAAAAUAGAAGAAAACGUAGAAGAUAUUCUCAAUGCCGCUGGAAAUAAAGUGGAUUGAAUUUCAACUAGAUUUGAUGAAGAUGAUAACAAUCCAUUAUAUAUAUUAAAAAAGGAAGAUGAUUAUUUAAAAAAAAUUUCAAAUGUUUUAGAAAAAGUUAAAAACGCAAAAAGUCUCUUGCUCAGUGAAGAAAAAAGGAUAAAACAAAUAUAAAUUAAAAUAGAUGACAUUGAAAAUAAAGUGGAAAAGUCAGAAAAAACUUAUCAAGGAGUUAUUGAAGAAGUAAAAAAAAAUAGCUAUAACGAAAAGGAAGUUAUGGAAUCAGUGAUAAAUUCAAUAGAAUCAUUAAUUAAUAUGUCUAUUUACUUUUAUAAAAAAUAUUCAUUAGAAAAAAAUAAUAUUAUACAAAUAUUUGAAGAUCCUAGGAGGAGGGAAAAUGAAAUAUACAAUAAAUUCAAUGAAUUAUAUAAGGAAAUAGUUUUUAUUACAUAGGAAGUUUUAGAAUCAUCUGUAGUCAAAGAAAUAUCAAUAAAAAAAAAAAAAAAAAAUGGAAAAAUACUAAAGCUAAAGCUUAUAGAACAAAAAGAAGAAAUGGUCCAAUUAUUAUCUAGUGUUAAUAGCAUUAAAAAAGAAGAAACAUUAAAAUUAAUAUCUAAAAUAAAGGAAAAAUUAAAUUAUUUAAGUGAAAUGGCUGAAGAGGAACAUUUUAAAAUAAAAAGGCAUCUUACAGGUAUUAAUAAGAACUUUGAAAAUAUUAAAAGUUUAGAUGAUACAGCUAAUGCUUUAGAUGAAUUAGAUCAAAAAAAAAAAAAAAUGAUGUUGAAAUAAAAAAAAAUAAAAUACUUUUCUUAUAAAAAUGGAACUGAUUUAAAUUAUAACAAUAUUGUUGAAACAGAAAAAUUUAUAGAUAUUAUAGAGGGAUGAGAAAAUUAUGAAAUUAUAGAUGAAGCAAAAAUUGUUGUUAGCAUAAUAAAAGAAACUUCUGAUGACAUUGAUAUAAAAGAAAAUGAUGGUAAAAAUAUUAUUACCGAAGCUCAUAAUAUUAUAGAGCAAGUAAAAUAUAGGUAUGAGUUAAAAAAAAAUAUCAAUGAAUAAAAAAUUAAGGUAAAGGACAUUUUAAACAUAUUAGAAGUUACAAUUGAACAAUACCAAAAAAUUAAAGAGUUAAGUAUUACUAAUGAAGAAGAUAAUGGAAUUCUAAAAAGUAAUGAAUGAUAACAAAAAUUAAAGGAUUCUAUAAUUUCACAUCGAAACCAAUUAAGUAAAAUAGAAAGCAAAUUACAGUCAGAAAUAAGUGAAAUUAAUUCUGAUGAGUUUAAAAUUGUCCUAGAUGAAUUAGAAAAGGAUAUUAAUAUUUAAAAGGGAAAUGAAUAUGCAUUUAUCAUAGUUGAAAAGGAAAAAAGUGAUAUUAGUAAACUUAUGUAUAUAUUAAAUAAUAAGUAUAUUAAUUCUUUAAAAGAAAAAUGUUCGGUUGAUGAAUUAUUGAGAAUGGGAAAAAAUGAAAGAUUUUUAAUAGAUUUAAUUUCUAACAUUGACUUUGAAAUAACAAAAGAUAAAUCGUCAAUUCAAAAAAAAAAAAAAAAAAAUUAUGAGUUAAACGCAAAAUAUAUAAAAAAUAGUGUUGGUUCAAUGAAUAAUAAUAUAAAAACUUUAAGUAAAUAUCAUACUGAAAAUCCUUUCGUUGAUCAUAAAAUAAUAUGCAUUGAAGCUUCCAUUAAAUAUUCAGACGAUUUUUAAUUGCAAGAACAAGAGGCUAUACAAACCAUUAUUAUUAUACUAAAUACACUUGCCAUGUUAAAUGAAAGAGAAUAUACAGUUUCUGUAAGUAAAUCCUUUCAAUCAUUCACAGAUCCUUCUAAAAAUAUAAGAAAUAAAAAGAAGGAAACAAGUGAAAUUUAUAAAAGUAUGAACAUUAUGAAACUAAAAGAAAUGGAAGAAAAUUCAAAAAAAUAUUUUUAUAUAGCAAAUGUUUUUCAAGGAUUUUCAAAUGUUCAAGGAAAUAAAUUACUAUGCAAUAAAGAAAAGCUAAAAGAAAUUAAAGAUUAUAUAAAGGAAAAAUAGCAAGAGUUACAAAAUAUUAAAUCUACAUAUACAAGGUAAUAUUCAGAAAAAAUAAAUGAAAUUUUGAAAAGUAUUUUAUUGAAAUUACCUAAAAUAAAAGAGUUAGAAGAUGAUAAUAAUAAUAAAAAUAAAAAAAUUAUAAAAUAUUUAGAACAAAUUUCUUAUUUAAUGGAAGGAAUGCAAACACUACUAAAAGAUACAGAAUAUUACCAAUAUGAAGGUGAUUCUGAUUUAUCAGAAGAGGAGAAGACAAAAAUAUUAGAUGAAUCAAGUGACUAAAUUAGGAGAACUAAUGAAAAAGGUAAUGAAAUUAAAUUAAUUUUCCAGAACAAAAAUAUUAUCGCAAAGAAUAAAAAAAUUUUAUUAGAAUAUAAUAAGGUACUUCUUACUAUUGAUGAUAAUAUAAAGAACGUAAAUGAUAUAAGAAACAUUUGAAAAAUAUUGACUUCAAAAUAAAAAGAGAGUAACAUAAAAAAUUAUCUAAGUGAAAUUCUAAGAAUAAUUAACGAAAACUAAGUAUAUAAUAAAAUUAAAGAAGAUAUGGAAAAAAUAAAUAAAAAAAAUGAAGAAAGAAAAAAAAGAGUACACAGUUACAAAUAUUCUAAUGAAAUAAAUAAUGAAAUUGAUGAUAUUUAAAAGGAUGAUAAUUAUUUAAAAAAAGAAAGAUAAAAUUUAAAACAUUUACUAGAACAUAUAAAAGAAAUAAAAAAAAAAAAUGGAAUAAAAUUUAGUAAU